AAAAAGCCACUCUCUCAAGGCUCUCUCCCUGGCACCUCCAACGACCAAGAACGCAGCGCCGUCCUUCGCAUUACCCAUAUCCUCUUUCUCUCUCUCUCUGUUUGAUUUGCUCUUUUCUUAAAGGAAAUGAGUUGGUCAUCGAGUGAUAAUUUUUUUGUGAACGCAAAGUUAGAGGUCUGUUGGGUUGACCUCUUCUCUAAAUCAUUAGAAUUGACACAAAGCAAAGGUGUCUUCUACGAUGGGCCAAAGGUUGAUGAUUUCAAGAGGCUCUUGCGUUCUAAGAACUUUCGAGUAAACCGUCAGGGUAAGGCUAUUGUACGCGUCCAAAAACGCGACGAUGAUGGUGAAUUCCUUGAAUGUCAAUAUGAUACCUUCAUUCUAGAAACAGUGGUACCUUUGGGCCCUUUUGGUUUCCAAAACAUACCAUUACCAAAGCCGAAAGAGGUGAACGAAUUGCAAAGCCUCCUGGAGAAUACCAAAGCAGAAUCUGCAAAAAAGAAUGAUGAGCUUACUGAAUGGAAAAGCCUCUUGGAGAAUACUAAUGCUGAAUUGGCGAAGAAGAAUGAUGAGCUUACUGAAUUGCAAAGCCUCCUGAAGAAUAUCAAGGCUGAAUCGGCAAAGAAAAAUGAUGAGCUUACUGAAUUGCAAAGCCUCCUGGAGAAUGCCAAGGCUGAAAUGGCAAAGAAGAACGAUACGCUUAAUGAAUUAAUGAAACAGAAGAUUGAUCAAGAUUGGAAUCGUGAACAGUUUCGACUAGCUAUGAUUGCGAUCAAUAACUCAAUGAAGAGAGUAUUCAUUGAAUAUGGCCUUGAACCACCAGCCAACGGAGAUCAAGAAUCAGUGUUAAGGUUUCUCGAGAUGUUACGUGAUCUACUCCUUCACAAAGAAUUCAAUACCACUUUCAUAGUAGCCGUGAACAUGAUACUAGCCUCGAUGGCAAGCAUAUUUGAGAAACGUACUGGCUUAAGCAUUGGCAUGGAAACAACAAAUAGUACUCCAGCUUGUCUCAUUAAGAGUUUAAGUACCUUAAGAGACUUUAUAGUGGAUUCCCACUUCUUUAUUGAUGGCAGUGUUAUAGUGAGGGAUUUCCAUCUGAUGAACGAGGAUGACCUCCUAGUUAUCUUUCGGGAUUCUGCAACAGAUGUGGCUGAGCUCAAGAAGAAGGAGAUAGGUGUGAAACCCAUCAAUAACAUCGACACAAAGUCCAUCUUCUACGGGUAUUUUAACAUUCCAAUGGUGGGGAUGUUCAAGGGUGUUUUGACAAGAGUUCAUCUCACCUUGCCAGAUGAGAUCAUGGUGAAACUUCAAGUAGGCAAACAUAAUCUUAAUAACAAAAGGUUUUGGUUUGUCCACGGCAAUGGGUCAGGUAUAUUUGAAAAGGAGGAGUCUAAUCUUGGAUCACCAGACAAUCUAGAAGUUGUCAAAUUUGCCCCUACUCGGGUUUUAGGUGACUCGACCGAUUUCAUAGGAUUUUUCUGUAGGAUGAGUCGAAUCUUCGUUAAUGAAAAAGGAACAUAUCUCAAGUUUGACUUUAUUGCUGGAAAGUUUUCAGGAUCACGUGUUUUUCCUGAUAGUACGGUUCGCUAUUAUACUAAGGAUGGUGGAAUGUUUGAUCCUUUCAAGUUGGUGCAAUUUGAUGUGAAUACAUCUACAACAGAUAUCAUAAGCCGAGAAGUUUAUUUACCUACGUCAACCUCAGGUAUUGGGGAUAAAUAUCCCUCUUGGAUGUUGAAUGAGGCUCUGGGAAAAGACUGUGCUUUCACAUUCAAUGACUUCUGUUUUAUGGGGAAAAUAACGAGAGUCUCCGGUACUUUCCGUGAGAACGCUCUAGUCAAUGUGUUCUUCGAACAAAGCCAACAUAAGGAGAAUUGUUAUGUUGAUGCUCUAGCAACAACUUUCUUUGUUUUAAGAACAGAGAGAGCAGCUUCGUGGGGAACCAUUGGUGGAUCAGCAGCUCCAAAAUUUAUUUAACAAGGUCCUACAAUUUAUUUUAUGUUUUAUUUUGAGGGUAACGUGAAUUGAUUGGUUACACUGUUAUAUUGUAUCGUCUCUUCCUAGGAGGUAUCAGUUUGAUUGUGGCAUUAUGCUUUAUUGGGUUUCCUAUAUAUGGGGAUUAUAUUGUUGUUAUUGUUUAUUCCCUUAUUAAGUAAAAGAGUUUUUUACAUGGCCCUCU